AUGGCCGCUAUGCUGUUAGCUUGUGCCCUCAUUCUUGUGAUCAGCGCCUAUUUCACAUUCUCAAUGGAAAGGCAACCGACGCAGUCUCCAGGCCGCGAAAAUGUGAUCGUAGUACCAGAUACAUCUCAUUCGCACGGAAGCUCCACGAGCGGCAGAAAAUCUAUACCAGAAACGAAAUUUGAUAAGGAGGCAACAGUGCAUAGACGAGAGAAAUCCCGAAGCGAGGAGGAGACAUGGUCUUUCACAACAGUCCAGGCUGUCCGCGACGCAUUUCGUCAGAGGUAUGGGCCGACUUCGGCAUCAAUUUAUGAGAAAGGUGUUAGUACGUUCGGGAAUUUGCGAGCGACAGCAGAUCGAUUGUUACUAGCUGCCGCACAGGAUCGCCCUUUCGUCUUGGCGUUCGCGGGUUAUUCGGUGACGGUUGGGCGGGGCAAUCAUUUCCAGCAAAGUUUCCCGUUUGUUCUGGAACGAAUUCUGAGACCAUUACUUCGAGAAUCGCUCCAGUUGGACGUCGUUGUUCGCAAUGCGGCAAUUGGUGGAAUUCCUUCGUUCCCGUACGGUUUUUGUUUCGAUCACUUUUUGGGCAGCGAUCCGGAUGUUAUUAGUUGGGAUUUUAGCAUGAACGAAGGGAAUGGUGCCAGCGUGUUGGAAGCUUAUUUACGGCAUAGUCAAACACAGCUUUCGAAACGACCCAUGAUAAUUUUGCUGGACAAAAAUGCUCCUCGUCAAAGAGUGUUGGAAAUGUAUACUCGAAACGAGUGGAUUAGUGACGCCAUAUCGGUCAAGACAGCCAAAGAUGCGGUGGACAGCACCCUUCUCCAAUUACCUGAAGAUCAACGACCUCCAGGCUUACAGCGCUGGGACGAAUUCGGAGCUCCUGCUUCUUGCCCCGGUCGUGGUAGUUGGCACCCGAAGCGUAUGGAGCACGAACUCAUUGGUUUCAUGAUGAGUUUGUAUUUUGUGGACGCAUUAGAGCUAGCCCAGCGCAUCAUGCAAGAAAAUCCCGAAUGGAAAGCUUCCUAUGAGUCGAACUCCAUGAUUACACCCCGAUUUAAAGCGCCCUUGCAGCCGACCCCUGCCAACGAUCAAGCCGUGACGGAACUAUUAUUUGGACACUCAAUUGACCAAGACGACUUUCAAAUGAAAACAAUCUCAUGUCGAACCAACUUUUUACCUGCCACCGAUGGCAAUAAGGUAUUGCCAUCCAUUGUAGUUUCGGGAUUGUCUCCUGGUAUUACGGAUGAAAAUAUUAUGGAAGUGCGCAGCGACGCGGCAUACCGAGCGGGAUGGGUACUGGAUGUGUCUAAAAUGGAACGCGACACCAAAAUUAAAGUUGAAAAAUGUGGCGGUUUGGGAUACAUUGAUAUGAAAAUUGCCUUGUACGGUGUUCCCGAAUCGGGUCCGUUACGGCUGUGGUUGCCGUUGGGCGAUCAUGACAGUCUGUCGCACCAUAACUCUCACGAGCACGAGGAAGGGGACACAAUCGCCGACCACUGGUUUGAUGAUUUAAUCAUUUGCGAAGCCAACGAAAAGAGGCCAAUCGACGCUUGUCAGCUAGAUAAAGAUCUGGAAUUUACCGUUGGUGGCGUUCUCGUUACAUCGACGAAAAUGGUCAUGGGAGCGGCUGAAUACCUAAAACGACAAACAUGUGUGCAUGUGGGCGUCCCCGAAAAAGCCCAAAUUACUGUAUUGGGGGAGGUCACCAACACAGAUGGGAGUCUUCCAUCCGAUACGGAUAGAAUAAGGUUGGCCGGUGGAUCCAAGAGGGGCAAUUCCACCAUUGGGUUGCUGGUCGACGUCAAAGUAAGCGAUAGAGUGAAUCGAGAGAGUGGCGCGUGCUGUCUUUCGCACAUCGUUUGGGAGCAGCACUAG